UCGGUGGCAACAUGCCAAGACUGUGGCAACCAAGCGAAGAAAGAUUGUAGCCACCGAAGGUGCAGGACUUGUUGCAAAAGUAGAGGCUUUGAUUGUGCUACACAUGUGAAAAGUACUUGGGUUCCAGCCGCUCGCCGCCGUGAACGGCAGCUCAUGACCUCUGCCGCCGCCGCAGCUGGGUCUUCUGGGUCUACUUCGGGUGCUAAGAAGCCUAGACUCAUCACUUCACAGACCACCACCACCUCACAUACUUCAACUUCUAACACUACUCCUCCAAGAAGCUAUGACACGAGUUCUAGUCACCAAGAUGCAAGUUUUAAAGACUCGUUGCCAGGCCAGAUACGAGCGCCGGCGGUGUUCAAGUGUGUUCGAGUCACCGCCGUGGACGACGGCGACGAUGAAUAUGCUUAUCAGGCGGUUGUGAAGAUCGGUGGACAUGUCUUCAAAGGGUUCUUAUAUGAUCAAGGAGUUGAAUCAAGGGAUGGGUUUCCUAAUAUUUCCGAGUUGCAUUUGGGUGGAGGUGGUGGAAACGGUGGCGGAAGAAAUGGGGCUUCGUCAUCUUCUCCGAUUCUUGACCCUUCUGAUGUCUAUGGUGCUUCCACUGCCGGAUUGAUUGGAGGUUCAAACUACGGUAACCCAAUAAACUGACAAUUCCUUUCUGAAGCCAUAGAUACAAUGGCUACGAGAGAGAAUAACAGUGUAGUAUUGUUUCUCAGCUGUAUAUCUUCUUGUUAUCCGUAGGGUUUCUGUUUAAGUCUUUUUUUUAGAAGUGUAUUUUAUUCACAAAUGCCUUCCUAGAAUCCUAGCUUCCCUUGGUUCUCACUUAUAUUUG